AGCACCGACAGCCGCGGCUGCACCGAGUUCAGACAGGAAACAAACAUGGAGGAGUACCCGACCAAACAAGCCACCGAGAACCUGGACGACCCUCCCAACAGCCGCCUGUUCGUCGUCACAAGCCGCUCCAUGACGGAGGAAGCGCUGCGGGACGCGUUCUCCGUGUUCGGGGACAUCCAGGGGGUCUGGGUCGUGAAGGACAAACAGACCAAGGAGUCCAAAGGCAUCUGCUACGUCAAGUUCGCCAAGUCCUCGCAGGCCUGUCUGGCCAUGGAGGAGAUGCACGGGAAGCAGCUGGCGGAGUCGUCGAAACCCGUCAAGGUAUUCAUUGCCCAGUCACGGUCAUCAACAAGACACAGAGAUGUUGAGGAUGAAGAGCUGACCAGGAUCUUCGUCAUGAUCCCUAAAACCUUCACAGAGGAGGACCUCAAAGACACAUUCAAAGACUAUGGUGAUAUUGAGUAUUGCGUGAUCAUCAAGAACAAGUUCACUGGGGAAAGUAAAGGGUUGGGCUACGUGAGAUACUACAAACCCUCCCAAGCUGCACAUGCCAUAGAGAACUGUGACAAAGCUUACAGGGCGAUCCUGGCUGAACCUCGCACCAAGGCUACAGCGUCAGAGGAUUACAGUGGGGGAUCCAGCAGAGGGGAUUACAUGGGCGGUAAUGACACCAUGAACCAGUACCCCGUCCCAAUGGGUGACCCUGGGAACUACCAGGCCAUGGACUUCCGCUCCGGUGACUUCACGCGGAGUCUGAUGAUUUCAACGCGGGCCGCACUUACACAGGAGCAGAUCUUUCCACUGUUCGACAUCAUUCCUGGUAUGGAGUACUGCGAGCUACAGAGAGACGCUUAUGGAAUGAGCAAAGGUCACGCACUGAUUCGUUACAGUAACUUGGGAUCAGCAGUUUAUGCCAAAGAGAAGCUGAAUGGAUUUGAAUAUCCACCUGGAAACAGACUGGUGGUAAACUUCGUCGAUGAUGGAGAGGACCGCAGCAGUCCUGUAGGUCGGAUGGCGAUGCAGUUUGUCGCAGCACAGAUGAUGUCUUCAGUGUGGAACGGACCCUCCAACAGUCAAGUGAUGAAACCUCCUGGUUUCUCUGCCGUCUCUACAAUGUCUCGGGUUCAGACAGACGUCAACUUGCCCCCGCCGAAGAAGCUCGCUCCACCUGACAGCAAAACCAAGGAGCGCUUGUUUGUCGUGUUCUCCCCCUCCCAGCUGCCCCCGGAUGUGCUGGAGGACGUUUUCUGUCGCUUUGGUUCCCUGAUCGAGGUCCAUUUGGUUCCAGGAAGGAAAGUUGGAUACAUGAAGUACGCAGAGAAACAGUGCGCAGACGAGGCCAUGGCAGCGCUUCACGGUCGGGUCGUUAACGGAGUGAAGAUGAAGGUGAUGCUGGCUGAUCCUCCCAGAGAGGAAUCGCACAAACGCCCUCGUACCUACUGAGACCACAUGACAGAAACGACCGGCGACUGUUGUCAUGACACAAUGACACCUGACCUGACAGACCGACCGACAUCAAGACCUCCUCCUGACCCCUGACACGACCUUUGACACCUGUCUGACCUUGCUCUACGUUACAUGUCACUUAUCUGACGCCAUAAUCCAAAGCGACUUAGAGUUGGUGCCUCUGGCUGCAGGACGACCGCUCUGCCCCCUCAGCCUGAUACAACAAGAGCACAGGGAGCGUAAACCUCCCAGUGUGUGAGUAGUCGUUUGUCACCAGUGUCAGGAUUUUACGCUUUUUUAAAAUUUAAGUUCACAGUUUCAGCCACGACUUUGGGUCUGAUCAACUCGACUAACUGAUGAACAGUAGAGCAACAGCAGCACCACUUUUUUUUUUUAAUCCACAGAAGAAAACGUUUAGUUUGGCAACGUUUUGUUAUUGAGAAAACUUAACGCAGGUAUUGUAAAGCUGGAUAUAGACAGUUUAUCCCAAGAGGUCCUUAAUUUUCCUCUGUUGCUAUGAACUGUAAUCUCAUGUUGAGCAAGUGUAAAAUUUCCUUUUUGCCUUGACACAAAUAAAAAUUAGUUUCAAACAC